AUGCUUCACGAGGUUUGAGGUACAGCAAACUCUUCGAUAAUUGUUCUUAUCAUCCAAAAGCUUCAAUCGCAGAUCAGAACCCCCUGUCAUGGUCCGGACAUGGGACAGAUGGAGCAAAAGCAACAAAUGACAAGGGAUCCGGAUGAGGAAUAGACGGCACCCUAUUACCGGUUUCUCCGUGUAUGAGUGAACAUUUACCCACCUUCACCAUCGCUCACCUGCCGUGCAAAGCUGGCCCGUCUACUAAGGUAUCAUCCAAAGCCUCAGACGUACUCCGUAGAAACAAUCUCUUGCUUGAGGCAGAGCCAUCCGCAUCCUCAUUUCCCCGGAAUGAACGAGACAGGGCCACCGGAACAGCCACCGACGUAGACCCUGUAAGUGCGUGCUGCGGACAAUUUCUUGAGAUUGAUGCUAUUUUUACCUCUUUAGCCCCAGCAGGAGACCCCGUUCAGGGACCAGACAACGACCGUCCAGCGCGCAGCAUCCGCUCCGGGGUUCGGGCCUACUGCAGACUCCAGAGGCAUCGGCCACAGCGGACUCAGCACCGGAGGCGGGGCGAAAUGCGCUGUGAGCUUGAGUCCUGCCGACCCCGGAUUGGUCAAUUUCGGCAUCCCGCAUUGGCUUGGGCGCAGGAAACAGCGACGGAAGCCCAAGGCAAGAGGCGUGUGGCUUGUGCUUCCUUAGAGUUGUUGUUUCCUUCCUUCGCAAGCCACGACUUGGCCGGAGCCUCAACGACUCGCUCGACGACGCCCCAAACUGCCAUAGCUGCAACCUACAACUCCAGUCUCGACCUCAUUAUGGACUUGCUCCGGAGAUAUUCUCCCAGCAGGCCGGAAAAACUCUCUGCACAUCAUUCUUCCCCAGGGUCAUCCCGUUGACCGGGUCACCAGGGGACGACUCAUCAUGUCUAGCCCCCCCUCCGGCCAAAAUUCGAUGGCAUUUCUCGCAAAGAUGUCAAGGACGGCGCAACAGGCGCACAGAUGACUCCCACUUCUGGCAUACACCUUGCAGGGCU